AUGACGAUUCCGGAAGAAGUUGAUAUCAUCAUUUGUGGGGGUGGCAGUUCAGGGUGCGUGCCUGCCGGUCGCCUCGCCAAUCUUGAUCAUAAUCUCUCUGUUUUACUGAUCGAGGCGGGCGAGAGCAAUCUUAAUAAUCCAUGGGUCUAUCGUCCGGGCAUCUAUCCAAAUAACAUGAAGCUUGACUCGAAAACCGCGUCUUUCUAUCAUUCGCGCCCCUCGAAGCAUCUGGAUGGGCGCCAGGCCAUUGUUCCUUGCGCAAAUAUUCUGGGGGGUGGAAGCUCGAUCAACUUCAUGAUGUAUACGAGGGCAUCUGCUUCGGACUACGAUGACUUUCAAGCAAAGGGAUGGACGACCAAAGAGCUACUUCCUCUUAUGAAAAAGCAUGAGACAUAUCAGCGUGCUUGCAAUAACCCCGAGCUGCAUGGAUUUGAGGGCCCUAUCAAGGUGUCGUUCGGCAAUCAUACCUAUCCUAUCGCACAGGAUUUUCUCCGUGCCGCUGAAACCCAAGGAAUCCCAACUACCGAUGACCUUCAAGAUUUAACCACUGCUCAUGGAGCUGAACACUGGCUCAAGUGGAUCAAUCGCGACACUGGAAGACGAAGUGAUGCCGCCCAUGCAUAUGUACAUAGUACUAGGGAAAAUCAUUCUAACCUCCACUUGCAAUGCAAUACCAAAGUGGACAAAGUGAUCAUCGAGAAUGGCCGUGCAGUUGGGGUUGUGACAGUCCCCACAAAGCCUCUCAACGGUGGGGAGCCUAUUCGCAGGAUCUUCCGAGCACGCAAGCAAAUCAUCAUUAGUGGGGGCACGCUUAGCUCUCCACUGAUCUUGCAGCGCUCAGGAGUUGGUGACCCGGAGAAGCUGCGCCGUGCAGGCAUAGAGCCCUUGGUGGACUUACCAGGGGUGGGGCGCAACUUCCAAGACCAUUAUCUCACGUUCUCGGUUUACAGGGCAAAGCCGGAGGUAGAGACCUUCGAUGAUUUUAUUCGAGGAGAUCCGAAAGUCCAAAAGAAAGUUUUUGAAGAAUGGAAUUUGAAGGGUACAGGCCCCUUGGCAACCAACGGUAUCGACGCUGGGGUCAAGAUUCGACCCACGAAGGAGGAACUUGAGGAGAUGAAGAAGUGGCCAACGCCGGAGUUUGGGAGUGGAUGGGACUCGUACUUCAAGGACAAGCCAGACAAGCCAGUGAUGCACUACUCGGUCAUAUCUGGCUGGUUUGGUGACCAUAUGCUCAUGCCACCGGGCAAGUUCUUUACCAUGUUCCAUUUCUUGGAAUAUCCCUUCUCUCGUGGCUCCAUCCACGUCCAAUCGCCUGAUCCAUAUGAGAUACCCGACUUCGAUGCGGGAUUCAUGAAUGACAAACGCGACAUGGCCCCCAUGGUCUGGGGCUAUAUCAAAUCUCGUGAGACAGCUCGACGAAUGGGAGCCUAUGCGGGAGAAGUGACUGGGAUGCACCCUCAAUUCGCCUUCAAUUCACCAGCUAGCGCGCGGGAUCUUGAUUUGGCAACGACUAAGGCCUAUGCUGGCCCGAAUCAUAUUUCUGCGGGUAUUCAACACGGCUCUUGGUCGCAACCCUUGGGACCUGGGAAACAGCCAGCGGCCAAUUUCCUUAGCUCCAAUAGACACGAAGCCCGCGGGCCUAUUGAGUACUCCAGGGAGGAUAUCGCGCACAUCGAAAAAUGGGUUCAACGUCAUGUCGAGACAACUUGGCACUCUUUGGGAACAUGCAGCAUGGCCCCCCGGGAGGGAAGCUCCAUUGCACCGCAUGGAGGCGUUGUAGAUGAGCGCCUGAAUGUUCACGGGGUGAAAGGGCUGAAGGUUUGCGAUCUUUCGAUCUGCCCCGACAACGUGGGCUGCAACACUUUCAGCACGGCUCUUCUCAUCGGUGAGAAAUGCGCGGUUCUGACUGCGGAAGACCUUGGCUAUUCAGGAGAAGCUUUGCGGAUGGAUGUGCCCAAAUAUCAUGCCCCAGGGGAGUUUGUCAAUCUAGCGCGGCUAUAA